AUGGCGGCGCCCAUGGAGGUGGCGCUGGUGACGGACGCCGCCGGGCCGCUGAGCAAUUGCUCGGUGUGGGAGCUGCACUCGGGCUCCGCGCUCCCCGGCUACCGGGGCGGCAACAGCGGGGCGCGGGGCCUGGCGCUGCUGGGCGGGGAGCACCUGCUGGGGGCGCAGCUGGGCAAGGGCUACAUCAACGUGUGGGAGCUGCAGAGAAAGGACCAACUCCAGCAGAAGAUCAUCUGCCCUGGGCUGGUGACUUGCCUGACAGCUUCCCCUAAUGGUCUCUACAUCCUGGCAGGCAUUGCUGAGAGCAUCUAUCUGUGGGAGGUCUCCAGUGGGAACCUCCUCGCCAUCCUGAAUCGACACUACCAAGACCUCACGUGCCUCUGCUUUACCGACGACAGCAGUCACUUCCUCUCGGGGGGCAAGGACUGCCUGGUCCUGGUGUGGAACCUUUACAGCACCCUGCAGGUGGAGCACUCCCAGAUCCCGGAGCCCCGCCACGUGUGGUCUCGACACAGCCUGCCCAUUACAGACCUGUGCUGCGGCUUCGGAGGCCCCCUGGCACGAGCGGCCACCGCCUCCCUCGACCAGACGGUGAAGCUCUGGGAAAUCUCCUCUGGAGAGCUCCUGCUCUCUGUCCUCUUCGAUGUGGGCAUCAUGGCGGUGACCCUUGACCUCUCCGAGUAUCACAUGUUCUGUGGUGGCAUGGAUGGCUCCAUCUUUCAGGUCGACCUCUGUGCCUGGCCUGUUCAGAGAGACCGAGCCUUCCACUCGGAGCGGGAGAAUGGGAAGAUCUUCAAGGGACACAGGAACCAGGUGACCUGUCUGUCCGUCUCCACGGACGGCAGCCUGCUGCUCUCCGGCUCGCACGACGAAACAGUCCGGCUGUGGGACAUCCAGAGCAAGCAGUGCCUGCGGACGGUGAAUCACAAAGGCCCGGUGACAAACGCCUUCAUCACGCUGGCCCCAGCCAACAUGUUUAACCCGGACAGCAAGCCCGGCGUGCCUCUGCCCAAAUUCAGCAAACACCUGCACGGGACCGAGAGCAGCGAGGAUCAAGGAGCCGAGGGGGUGACGCUGCGCCUCGGCCUCCACCAGCAGGGGGUUGGGGAGAGCUACUUGGAAAAGGCUGACCGGUUGUACUCGCAGAUGUGCUCGACCAGGGAAAAGAACCUGAUGGGAGACCAGGAGCAGCUGAAGAUCCAAGUGACAGAGCUGGAGGAUGAAGUCAGCACGCUCAGGAAGAUCAAUAAGAACCUCUUUGACUUCUCUGCCCGCAUCAUCACUAAGUCAGCCAAAUGAGCGCUCGUCCCGAGCCCUCGCACGCCCCCGCCCAGCCCUGCAGAGCUCUCGGCGGGGGGGGCGACUACCCCCCGGGCGCCGGUGCCCACGGACGCGUGAGCCCUGCGGUCCACAUGGCCACGCGACCUCCCGUGGAAAUCCACAGCACACGCCGAGCAUCCACACACAGACUCAGCCACCCAACAGCCGGGCACAUGUAGGCAGGACGCUGCAUGUGCCGUCAGACACGCUUUGGACACGCAGUCCCCCGUGGCCGUUUUCACACGCAGCCGUCUGCACGUGUCGGUGUACGCAGGGGAAGGGCGGUGGGAUCUCCGCAGCGUUCUGGACUGAGGGCACCGGGCGCGUGGGAGACCAGACUGGUGCGAAUGGAGAUACUAAAGGGAACUGUUACCAGGCUGGGGGCAGAGGGGUGGCAGAUACAGGGGGACACCCCCCUUCUCUUCCCCUGACUCCCCUUUUUCUUACUCUGCCAUGGUGCACGGACAGAGCAACAGGUGCUGCUUUUGUCUCCUAACACCCUGGAGGGGGGAGGCGAUUUUGUCUCUCUCUCCCCCUCCCCGAGCGGAGAUGCUGCUGCUUGGCCCUGAAUCCUCUGCACUAACCGGGCUGGCUGGGGGGCAGGGUUGGAAUUUCCCAUCGGUGCCAAAUCUGGGCCUGACAGUCACCGAGCCUGAGCCAGCGGGACACCAACACCUGCUGGAAGCCCCAGUCCUCUCUCCCCGCCCCCGCCUGCUCAGCUGGCUCGUUUAGUGUGCAGGAGGGAGGGAAGUAGCUUUCUGUCCAAGUGGGGCAGGGGGGUUACAGCUCUGCUCCCGGGUUGGUGAGGUAUUUCAGGGCGUGAGAUUAACCCUUGGUGGGAGAGGCAGUGGGUGCUACAUGGAUUACACAUACGGUCGCCUGUGUCGGAGCCGCUGAGUCAAACUAGGCCCCAGCCUGGGAGCUUGUUCUUUUUUAUCAUCGUUCUGGAUCCAGUUCCUUUGUUCUCAGACCCUUUUCUUGGGAAUUUGCCUUUGGACUCUGUCUCCUUUCGUCUCAUGUGUUGUGGCAUUUGGUUUGAUUUUGGGGGGGGGGGGGUUUACAUAAAAAUUGUUUUUAUAGUGAUACGUGCUUGGGUUCUUCACGUCUUUCUGUAGCGCUGUCUAGCCAGGGAUCUCAAAGCACCCUGGGAAUUGGUUAAGCGUCAUAACAACCCACUCCCCAGUGGAAUUGGUGUGUGGUAGUAUCCCUGUUUCACAGAUGGGGGAAACUGAGGCACAGAAGCAGGGAAGUAACUUGCCCACGGUCACUCGAGAUGUUUGUGUCUUGGAUUCCUUGUCCGCUCCCUCCCAGAGCUUGGUCUAGAACCCAGAAGCCCUGACUCCAGUCCCCUGCACUACCCACUAGACCACACUUCCUUAAUGACAGAGCGAUGGCUUGUGGCAUUUGCAGCCAGUCCUCUGACCAGCUCAGGGGCUCAGCUCCCCUCUGAGGCAACCCAGCUUCACUUGGGCCUGAUUAACUCCCUAAGCAAUGGAGAGGCAGCUAGUUAGGCAGGGAAGCACCUGGGCAUGGUACAAGGCAGCGACUCUCAGUGUGAGGAGGAAAACAGAGGCCCCUGGGGGGAGAAACAGACCCCAGAGCAGUGAAAGAGAGAUCUCCCCCAGAGCCGGCUUCUCAGGAGGAAGCUGAUGAGGGGGACUCGAAAGGACACCUAGGAACAGCACUCGGGCGGGACAGUUUCCAGACAAGGCACUGGAGGGCAAGACGCAGAGAGACACAGCCCCUGCCCCCCUCCAGCUAGAGGGGCUGGGAUGGAGGCCUCUGUGUGACGUUCCAACUGGGGGUAGAAUGAUGUAGAGCCCGGAAGGGGCACUGCUCAAGAUACAUAAGCCUUAUGGGAGCCCACUAGGGGAAACUGAGGCAGGGACGUUCACUGAUGUGGCACCAGGGCACGCUGGAGUGAGGGCCCCCACCACUCUCCCCUUUUACUAAUUCAAUGGCAGCUUGUCUCCAGCGGACCUCUGUCCGCCCCCACCUUCCCGCAGCUUUUCCCUGCCGACUCCACGCGCAACA